AUGGUGGUAGAUUUGGGGAAGCAUACUUGCUCCUGCAGGUUUUGGCAGUUGACAGGAAUGCCUUGUAUGCACGCAAUAUCAGCCAUUCAAGAAAAAAAUGAUAAGAGGCCUGAGGAGUAUUGCCACGAAUGGUUGAGCAUAGAUGCGUACAGAAGAACAUACCAAUUCAAUGUUAAUCCUGUCAAGGGACAAGAUCUAUGGGAGAAAACUGGUUCUCCUGCACCUGUUCCACCUCCUAUCAAACCUAAACCAGGCAGACCAACAACAAAUAGAAGGAAGGACAAGGAUGAAGGACCCACUGGCACGAAGACAAAAAUGAAAAGGAAGUAUGCUCCAAUUCGGUGCAUGUACUGUGGAGAGGUGGGCCACAACAAGAGAACUUGCAGCAAGAAAAAGUAA